AUGUCCACUCCCAGCACGCGCACUUCUGACAAGUCGCACACGCGUGCGGGCAGGGAUGAGAGCCCCAGGUUCCGCGUCGCCGACACGGGCGGUCGUCCGUACAUCAAGCCCUAUAGCUUGGUGAAGAAGUACCGACCAGGCGACCAGGUCUAUUUCACCGUGCCGGGCUCGAAUCCCCGUGUCCGUCAGGGUCCGUACACCGUGCGCUCACCGGCCGGGGAGGGCAAGUACAUCCUCGUGGACGAGGGCGGGAAGGUGGUCAAUGGCGGCCAGGCGGUCAGCGAGACGGAUCUGGAGGAUGCUGCUGCUUAG